UUAUUUUCUCCAACGCAAAAAAAAAAAGAAAGAGAAAAAAGAAAAAGAAAAAGAAGAGAAAGAGAGACAAUGUUAUUUUUACUACACAUAUUUUUGUUGCGUAUCUUGUUAGCGGAUAAAAAUGUGCAACAAUUGUGAAAUGGUCAAGAUGUUAAUGACGUAGUGACGAUGAGCUUCCAUCGAAUUUUAUGUGCUGAAAUAUUCGUAUAGAUACUAUAUAGGCAAAGUAUUGUAGCAACGGAAAGCUUCGUUUCAUCGUUAUACCGCCAAGGGAAUGCAGUUGUGUUAAUCGGGUUUUAUCACCUCGCGCGAUAAAUAAAUAAAUAUAUAUAUAUAUAUAUAUAUAUAUAUAUAUAUAUACAUACAUAAAAUGCAUAUCUUGUACCUAACAUAUACGUACGUAUGUAUAAUUAUUUUGUGACGAUCACCAUCACCGUGUUUUCUCUACUGCGAUUUUGCUAGAGAGACGAUCGCUGUGGAAGAAAUCAUCCUUGUUAUCAAAAUGUAUCUAGAUUUAUUCGCAAGAUAAAUCUUGCAUUUUGAAUAGCCAGACGUGCGAAUACAAUUCGCACGGUCCAAAUACACUAUCUACAUUGAAUACAAAUGUACCGUACGUUUGUAAGCUCGAUUAGAGAACAUUAUAGCAAGUAUUAUCGCAUUUUUGUAUGUUUUGCUAAAAAGUAUGUAUAUGUAUAUUACUUAAACAUAAUACAUGGACGUGCUUCUUAUUAUAAACAUUACGACCAAGCAACUAUAUCAUUUAUGUCGGAUGACUACUUGAAAUUCUUGGAAAUUCGUAGUUGUAUGCGUAAAGAAACUGACGGAUAGAUGUUAAACCAUACGCUACGACAGUUGCUGUCCGCUACCGAGACACAGUACACAUAUUAAAUAAAUUGCGAAAAAUGUAAAAAGAAGCGAUUAAGCCGCGCGUGUAUUCUAUACGUAUUCUACCCACACACGUCGAAUUGAUACAAAAUGGAAAUAUAUUUUCAAUGUAAAACAGCUGCGCAAUCUUGUCGUGAUUUUUCUUCAACAAAAAUGAAGAGUAAUCGAGUUUUUUUUUAUUUUUUAUUUUUUUACAUAUAAAUUGCUCUUCCUACUGUGAUAGACGAAAGAAAGACGUGGGGCUCUAGAAUAUAUUCAAAUAAAAUAUUGUUAAUUUUUUUCGUUCACGUGGUUCGCGUGUAAGCCGUCGACAAGACAGGUCGCGGCCGAUAGAGAUGCCGAGAGGUGAUCGCAACAAGCCGCACGCACGAGCAGACAGCUAAUCUGUUACUGUCUAUUAUACCUGACUGCAGGAAGCGAUUCGACUUGGCGAACGCCACGAACGCUUAGCCACCAGUCGGUCCGUCACAGUUGGUUGUGUACGUGGUACCGACGUAUAUCCCCUUGCUGUAGCGAGCGUGCGAGCGCAGUGGGGAAGCCCGAAGCGGUCCGAAGCGCGCGCGAGACCUUACCACCACCUCUGCGCUUAGCCAGCUUCCACCUGGCACUCCUGGCAGGUUGGCACACCCGAUUCGAGCCGAACCGAAGCCGAGCGGACGUGUUAAUGUGCCGGUUCACCGUGGUUCCAUCCUCCGGAAUAACGACGACGACGACGACGACGAUCGCUUUCUUCGUGACUACUGCGCGACUCUGUAGAUCGCAAUCGGUUGUUUGCUGUACCUCCGUGCAAUCCCACCUCGGUUACACUCGUUUACGUUUAGACGCUCGUGAACGCAUCUCAAUCUCAUCCGUUCAUUCGUUCAUCCGUCUGUCCGUUCGUUCGUUCGUUCGUUCAUUUAUUCGUUCAUUCGCUCAUCGUGCUCAUCUCCGAAGAGACCGGACAUGAAAAUCGAGUGCUCGUCGAAAGUCUAGUGCCAGUGUAGUGUCUCUUAAUGGAGCGUAUUGCCGACGUAUAGCCGCUCUCGUCGUGUUUCUCGUUACUCGCAACAGGCGGAGUGCCGACAACCACGACUAAGAGAUGGUCAUCGUCACACGGGGAGAUUACAUAUGGAUCGAACCAAUCUCAGGAAGGGAAUUUGACGUCGCGAUCGGAGCAAGAGUCAUCUCGGCGGAAGGCAGACGUAUUCAAGUAAAGGACGACGACAACAAGGAACAAUGGCUAACGCCGGAGAGACGAAUAAAGGCCAUGCAUGCCACUUCGGUGCAAGGUGUAGAAGAUAUGAUCAGUUUAGGAGACCUCCAUGAAGCGGGCAUUCUGCGAAAUUUAUUGAUACGCUACAAUGAGAAUCUCAUUUACACGUAUACGGGCUCCAUCCUGGUCGCCGUCAAUCCAUACCAGAUAUUGCCCAUUUAUACCGCGGAGCAAAUCAAACUUUACAAGGAUCGUAAAAUCGGGGAGCUGCCGCCGCACAUAUUCGCCAUCGGCGAUAACAGCUACGCGCAUAUGAACCGAUACGGCCAGGAUCAGUGCAUAGUAAUUAGCGGCGAGAGUGGAGCGGGAAAGACAGAAAGCACGAAAUUAAUUCUACAAUAUCUAGCAGCAAUCAGUGGGAAACAUUCAUGGAUCGAACAACAGAUCUUAGAAGCGAAUCCGAUACUCGAAGCUUUUGGCAAUGCAAAAACCGUGAGAAAUGACAAUUCGUCCCGUUUCGGCAAGUACAUCGAUAUUCACUUCAAUGAACAAGGUGUGAUAGAAGGAGCCAAGAUAGAGCAAUAUCUUCUGGAAAAGUCACGGAUCGUAUCUCAAAGCUUGGACGAAAGGAAUUAUCAUAUUUUUUACUGCAUGCUAGCUGGCCUUUCCAAGGACGAGAAACAAAAGCUCGAGUUGGAAGAUGCAUCUACAUACAAAUAUCUCAUAGGGGGUGGCGGCAUUACUUGCGAAGGGCGCGAUGAUGCGGCCGAAUUCGCCGAUAUAAGAUCAGCUAUGAAGGUUUUGCUAUUCUCCGACGUGGAAAUUUGGGAGGUGCUUAAAUUGCUCGCGGCUUUAUUACACAUGGGCAAUAUCAAGUAUAGAGCCACCGUUGUAGAUAAUUUAGAUGCUACAGAAAUUCCAGAGCAAACAAAUGUACAAAGAGUGGCGUAUUUACUUGGAGUACCGGUACAGUCAUUGAUAGAUGCGCUCACUCGCAGAACUAUAUUCGCACACGGUGAAACAGUAGUUUCCACGUUGUCGAGAGAUCAAUCAGUCGACAUUAGAGACGCGUUUGUAAAGGGUAUAUACGGUCGAUUAUUCGUACACAUUGUAAAGAAAAUUAACGAGGCCAUAUACCGGCCGAAAAAUAAUUCCCGUAGUGCUAUAGGCGUAUUGGAUAUAUUCGGCUUUGAGAACUUCAACCACAACAGCUUCGAGCAGUUUUGCAUCAAUUAUGCCAACGAGAACCUCCAGCAAUUUUUCGUUCAGCAUAUAUUCAAGUUAGAGCAAGAGGAAUACAAUCACGAGGGCAUCAAUUGGCAGCAUAUAGAGUUUGUCGAUAAUCAAGACGCUUUAGAUCUGAUAGCUAUCAAGCAGCUCAACAUUAUGGCGCUUAUUGAUGAAGAAUCGAAAUUUCCAAAAGGCACGGAUCAAACCAUGUUGGCAAAAAUCCACAAAACUCAUGGCAGUCAUAGGAAUUAUUUGAAACCUAAAUCAGAUAUUAACACGUCCUUUGGCUUGAAUCACUUUGCUGGCGUCGUCUUUUACGACACAAGGAGUUUUUUAGAGAAAAACAGAGAUACAUUCAGCGCGGACUUGCUGCAACUUAUUCAUAUAUCAUCAAAUAAAUUUCUCCAAGCUUGCUUUGUCGAAGACAUUGGCAUGGGAUCAGAAACCAGAAAGAGAGCACCCACAUUAUCGACACAAUUCAAGAAAUCGUUAGAUUCGCUCAUGAAAACUCUAUGUAGUUGUCAACCCUUCUUCAUAAGAUGCAUUAAACCGAAUGAAUAUAAAAAACCGAUGAUGUUUGAUCGUGGUCUCUGUUGUCGACAAUUGAGAUAUUCCGGUAUGAUGGAGACUAUCAGGAUUCGUCGAGCUGGUUAUCCUAUUCGCCAUUCCUUCCACGAAUUCGUGGAAAGAUAUCGAUUUCUCAUCUCGGGCAUUCCACCCGCACACAAGGUGGACUGCCGCGCGGCGACUUCGAAAAUCUGCCACGCGGUGUUAGGUCGAUCGGAUUAUCAGCUCGGGCAUACCAAGGUCUUUCUCAAGGACGCUCACGACUUGUUCCUCGAGCAAGAACGCGACCGCGUGUUGACGCGCAAGAUUCUAAUAUUGCAGCGGAACAUCCGCGGCUGGGUUUACAGAAGAAGAUUCCUCAGGAUGAGAGCGGCAGCGAUGAUCGUGCAAAAAUAUUGGCGGGGCUAUGCGCAACGUCAACGAUACAAACGCAUGCGAAUCGGUUACAUGCGAUUACAGGCACUCAUCCGAUCGCGCGUGUUGUCGCACAGAUUUAGGCACCUGCGUGGCCAUAUCGUUGCGCUUCAAGCGCGUGCCCGAGGCCACUUGGUGCGUAAAAUGUACCGGAAAAAGCUGUGGGCCAUAGUGAAGAUACAGGCGCACGUGAGAAGGCUGAUCGCGCAAAGACGAUAUAAGAAGAUCAAAUACGAGUAUCGUUUGCAUGUAGAGGCGCUACGAUUGCGGAAGAAGGAAGAGCGCGAACUAAAGGACCAAGGUAACAAGCGAGCCAAGGAGAUCGCGGAACAAAAUUACAGGGAGCGCAUGCAAGAGUUGGAAAGGAAAGAAAUCGAGAUGGAGCUGGAAGACAGGCGACGAAUGGAAAUCAAGAAAAAUUUGAUUAAUGACGCGGCCAAGAAACAAGACGAGCCAGUCGACGAUAGCAAGCUGGUCGAAGCAAUGUUCGAUUUCUUGCCAGACUCUAGCAGCGAAGCACCGACACCGGCGAGAGAAACGUCUGUGUUUAACGAUCUUCCCGCACCGAAAGCCGAUCAACAUCAAGAGAUAAUUAGCCCGAUUCAGAUGACCUCGGAGGACGAGGAGGAUCUGUCUGAAUUUAAAUUUCAGAAAUUCGCGGCCACGUAUUUUCAGGGCAACAUCACGCACCAAUACUCUAGAAAGCCGCUCAAACAUCCACUAUUGCCGUUGCACACGCAAGGCGAUCAAUUGGCCGCACAGGCUCUGUGGAUAACUAUACUUCGAUUUACGGGCGAUUUACCCGAGCCGCGAUUCCAUACGAUGGACAGGGACACAACUUCGGUAAUGUCAAAAGUGACGGCGACACUCGGACGGAAUUUCAUAAGGAGCAAAGAAUUUCAGGAGGCUCAGAUGAUGGGCAUGGAUCCUGAAACGUUUCUCAAGCAGAAGCCACGCUCAAUCAGGCACAAGUUGGUAUCGCUAACCUUGAAGCGAAAGAACAAGUUAGGCGAGGACGUACGCAGGAGGCUGCAAGAGGACGAAUACACUGCCGACAGCUAUCAAUCCUGGUUGGAGGCCAGACCUACGUCAAACCUGGAGAAGCUGCACUUCAUCAUCGGCCACGGUAUAUUACGCGCCGAAUUGAGGGACGAGAUCUAUUGCCAAAUUUGCAAGCAACUCACCAACAAUCCAUCGAAAUCGUCGCACGCCCGUGGCUGGAUCCUACUAUCCCUCUGCGUCGGCUGUUUCGCACCCUCGGAGAAGUUCGUCAACUACUUGCGAGCAUUUAUUAGAGAGGGACCGCCUGGUUACGCGCCCUACUGCGAGGACAGGCUGAAGAGAACCUUCAAUAACGGCACUCGCAAUCAACCUCCGAGUUGGCUUGAACUUCAAGCCACCAAGUCGAAGAAGCCGAUUAUGCUACCAAUUACUUUUAUGGACGGCAACACCAAGACCUUGCUGGCCGACUCGGCCACUACCGCUAGAGAACUGUGUAAUCAAUUGUCGGAUAAGAUUUCGCUAAGGGACCAAUUCGGCUUCUCUCUGUAUAUCGCCCUAUUCGACAAGGUGUCGUCCCUGGGUAGCGGUGGUGAUCACGUGAUGGACGCAAUCUCGCAAUGCGAGCAAUACGCCAAGGAACAAGGCGCACAGGAACGGAACGCGCCGUGGAGAUUGUUCUUCAGAAAAGAGAUUUUCGCGCCCUGGCACGAGCCGACCGAAGAUCAGGUCGCAACGAAUUUAAUCUAUCAGCAAGUGGUGCGCGGUGUCAAAUUCGGUGAAUAUCGCUGCGAUAAGGAGGAAGACCUGGCGAUGAUCGCGGCGCAGCAAUAUUACAUAGAGUAUCAUACUGACAUGAACGUCGACAGACUGUAUACCCUUCUGCCGAAUUACAUACCGGAUUAUUGUCUGACGGGGAUCGACAAAGCGAUCGAUCGAUGGGGUCAUCUCGUCUUGCAGGCAUAUAAAAAAAGUUACUACUUGAAAGAAAAAGUACCAGCGUUACGUGUUAAGGAGGAUAUAGUCGGCUAUGCAAAGUUCAAAUGGCCUCUGUUGUUCUCUCGUUUUUACGAAGCUUAUAGAAAUUCCGGUCCGAACCUACCGAAGAAUGACGUUAUCAUAGCUGUUAAUUGGACUGGGGUAUACGUAGUCGAUGAUCAGGAGCAAGUGCUUCUGGAGUUAUCUUUCCCCGAGAUUACCACCGUAUCUAGUCAAAAAACAAACAAGAUGUUUACACAAACAUUCAGUUUAUCGACGGUACGAGGAGAAGAAUUUACAUUCCAAAGCCCGAACGCGGAGGACAUCCGUGAUCUGGUGGUAUACUUUUUGGAAGGACUCAAGAAGCGCAGCAAGUUUGUUAUAGCCUUGCAAGAUUACAAGGCACCGGGCGAGAGCUCGUCAUUCUUGAAUUUUCAAAAGAGUGAUCUCAUCGUCCUCGAGGACGAGAGUACCGGCGAGACUGUGCUCAACUCGGGAUGGUAUGUCGGAACCUGUGAAAGGACUGGCGAGAAGGGCGAUUUCCCGGCUGAGACGGUUUACGUUUUACCUUCCCUAACGAAACCACCGAAUGAUAUAUUGGCCUUAUUUAGUAUGGAAGGUACAGAGAAUAGUCGCAGACUCUAUCCCCAGCAAAUAAACGGUGUGGAUUCUCGCGACAAACCCCAUACUCUUCUAGAAUACGCAAUCGAUCAUUUCCGAACACCGCCAAAGAGAACAAUGUCCAAGACAUUGACUUUAACAUCCGCGCGACGAGGGCACACGGACGAAUUGUGGCAUCACUCUAGGGAGCCGAUAAAGCAACCUCUUUUAAAAAAACUCGUAUCUAAGGAGGAGUUGGCCGAAGAAGCGUGUUUUGCCUUCAAUGCCAUUCUUAAGUAUAUGGGCGAUCUGCCGACGAAACGACCGCGCAUUGGCAAUGAGUACACCGAUCUGAUCUUCGAUGGACCGUUGAAAAAUGAGAUUUUACGAGUCGAAAUUUAUUGUCAAAUUAUGAAGCAGCUCACUGAUAAUCGCAACAGAUUGAGCGAAGAGCGAGGAUGGGAGCUAAUGUGGCUCGCUACUGGGCUGUUCACUUGUAGUCAGAGCCUCCUGAAGGAAUUAACUUUAUUUCUACGUACAAGACGUCAUCCUAUAUCGCAAGAUUCUUUACAAAGGUUGCAAAAAACCUUGCGUAAUGGUCAACGGAAGUAUCCACCGCAUCAAGUAGAAGUGGAAGCUAUCCAACACAAAACUACGCAAAUAUUUCACAAGGUCUAUUUCCCUGACGAUACAGACGAGGCAUUCGAAGUUGACUCGUCUACCAGAGCGAAAGACUUUUGCCAGAAUAUCGCGCAAAGACUCAAUUUGCGAUCUGCCGAGGGCUUUAGUCUGUUUGUCAAGAUCGCUGACAAAGUUAUUUCCGUCCCGGAAGGUGACUUUUUCUUCGAUUUCGUACGACAUUUGACUGAUUGGAUCAGGAAGGCUAGACCAUCACGAGACGGAGUGUCGCCACAGUUUACAUAUCAAGUCUUCUUCAUGAAGAAGCUUUGGACAAAUACAGUUCCUGGUAAAGAUAGAAAUGCCGAUUUAAUUUUCCAUUUCCAUCAAGAACUUCCCAAGUUACUGAGAGGCUACCACAAAUGUACAAAAGAAGAAGCAUCGAGAUUAGCGGCCUUGGUAUAUAGAGUGCGAUUCGGCGAGAGCAAACAAGAAUUACAAGCGAUUCCACAAAUGCUAAGAGAACUAAUACCGGGCGAUUUGAUCAAGAUACAGAGUGCUAAUGAUUGGAAAAGAUCGAUAAUUGCGGCCUAUAAUCAAGAUGCUGGUAUGAGUCCAGAAGAUGCGAAAAUUACAUUUUUAAAAAUCGUAUAUCGAUGGCCAACGUUUGGCUCCGCGUUCUUCGAAGUGAAACAGAGCACGGAACCAAAUUAUCCCGAGUUGUUAUUAAUUGCCAUCAACAAACACGGCGUGAGCCUCAUACAUCCUCAAUCAAAGGAUAUACUCAUCACUCACCCCUUUACAAGAAUCUCCAAUUGGUCAUCUGGCAAUACCUACUUCCACAUGACGAUAGGAAACCUCGUGCGUGGCUCAAAGCUCUUAUGCGAAACUUCAUUGGGUUACAAGAUGGACGAUCUCUUGACCUCCUAUAUUUCGCUGAUGCUCACGAACAUGAACAAGCAACGUACGAUAAGAAUCAAAUAGCAACAAAAGUGACGUACAAUUAAAAUAAACACAUUCCAUGGCGCGACUGAAUACGCAAAUAAAUCUUGCAAACGCGCCUGACGUUAAAACUGCUCAUGAAUUUCUCAAUAUUUUUGUUUCACUUUUUAUGAACAACACAUGAUUUAAAAAUAUUCGAUGUUACGACAAAUUUUGUUCGAAUAUCGUUUCAUCAUUCGCGCGAUGGAUUUACUUUCAUCUGAUUGACGAGAAAUAAUUUAAAUUUACAUUUUAUAUGUACUUGAUGUAUCUGUUUAUCAUUGUUCAUUUAUGUUGUAUACGACAUAAGAGUGUUGUUGUCCAGAUAACUUUGGAAUCAUUGAUGCUGCAAUUUAUAUUAUAAAAUAUAUAGAUAUACUCGAUUACUAUUUGCAUAUUUACCUGUUAAUUUAUAAUUCAAAAUAAUCUAUGCAAGAGGAAUAACAAUUUAUAUGUACACAAAUUGUAGCUGAUAGAUUUGUACAUGAUUUACGUACGAUUAAGAAUUUUUAAUCGUUUUGUAUAAAAUAUUAUUUCCUGUAUUGUACACACAUACAUAUACUAAAUAUUAUUGGUAGAUAUAUAAAUAUUAUUCUGUAAGUGAAAUUCAUAUUGUUAUCUCCAAGGAAUUAUUCACGCACUCUAUGUGUGUGCGUGUGUGUGUUAACGUGACAUCAGCAUAAUAACGCCUAUGCAUAAUUCGUAUUAAUGAGAAGAACGAUUGCAUUUGCAAUAGUUUUGCAAAUGCAAUCAAUAUGGCGAGUGAUUAGAUUGUUAUCCGUCCAACAAAUCGCUUAUUAUUACAUACAUGUGACGUAAGUCAAAUUUUGAGAAACCACGAAACCACGGAUUCUCGCAUAGAUAUAAAUCUCGCAAAACGCGCAAUGCAUCCGUAGAAGAAAAAAAAAUUCUCCAAAUUUGCCUUGCUACCUCUACAAAGUAUAAUUUCGAAAUAAACGCUUCGCGCAAGAAUGUAAUUACUAUUAAUUCGCUUUUAUAAUUGUGAAUAAAGACAACCAUAUUUUCCACGCGCAAA